AUGAAUCUGGACAGCAUCUUUGAUGCUUCAUUAGUGGCAAGGAGGUCCGAAUUAGAGUUAGAGAUAGGUCAGUUAACCUCGUACGCGUUAGAAUUCAACAUUUCAAUUUCGAUGGCUCAAGCGUUCAAUCGAGGAGUACUAGGUUCGAUCCCGGAGAGUGACAAUCCACUAGUGUCUCCAUUUACAGUAGAGGAAAUUAACAACGCACUUAGGGCAACUAAAAAGAACAAGGCCCCAGGCCGUAAAUCAAAAGAAGUAUCUUCCCUCAAACCGGCCGCCAUUAUCGCGUACAAUUUGGAGAAAGCAUAUGACCUUGUCAACCGAGACGUACUGUGGGAAGUGAUGACAGCCAUGGGCUACCCCCCCUUUUGCUUGUCUAGGGGUAUUGACGGAAUUGAACACUACGGAAAACGCAUCCAAGUUCGUGCUAUUGAGAGAACUGCAACUGUUUAUUGGUUGGGGCCACAUCUCAAGAACCUCCUUCCACAAAUCACCCAGCCUAGGUUUAAUGCAACACAUUCAUCGCAUCCAUACUUCACUACCUCACUUUCAACCAUCACCGAUCUACUUAAAGCUGGCAUCUUCACAUCGUCAACUGUAUCGAAUCACCGCGCCACCUACAAUCACCUGAUCGCUAACAUAGGGCAACCAGGGAGAACAGAGAUUGCGAAACCGGACCUUGACUGGGCUUCCAUCUGGCGUUGGGUGGCCAAAAUCAAAGGGAAAACGCCGAAGUGGUCUGGGAUUUUAACCAUAACCAGCUUCCCACCAAAAUGCGUCUCAAUAGUCUCAAUCUUUCAAACAACGACCAAUGCCCUCUAUGCAAUGCUGGCCAAGAAACUGACGACCAUCUAA